UCAUUUUCAUUUUAAUACAUCUCUCUCUCUCUCUCUCUCUCUCUCUCUCCUCUUCGUAUGAUACUAUAUUAGUACGAGUGCCCAUUUCUCUUUCACCAAACCUCUGAAACUCUCUCUCUCUCUCUCUCUCUCUCUCUCUACAAGAAAAUGUCAUCAGUCAACCAUUACUCGAGAGACGUCAACCAUUCUACAACUCUCUGGUGGCAACACCAACGCCAAAACGACGCCAUUCCUCCGCCGCCGGAAACCGCCGCCUCGACAUGGUGGAGGAAUCAACCCCAAAACGACGUAGUACCGUCAUCUCAAAACGACCCCAGUACUUGCACCAGCGAUCAUCAUCAAUUAGAGUCGCUCUUCGAGAAGUCUCUCACGCCAAGCGACGUCGGAAAACUCAACCGCCUCGUCAUCCCCAAACAACACGCCGAGAAGUAUUUUCCCCUCAAUGGGUCCUCCUCCGCCGUCUCCGGCGGGGGAUGCGACGGAGACACGGCGGCGGAGAAGGGGAUGUUGCUGAGCUUCGAGGACGAGUCCGGCAAGUGUUGGAGGUUCAGGUACUCGUAUUGGAACAGUAGUCAAAGCUAUGUGUUGACCAAAGGAUGGAGCAGGUACGUUAAAGAGAAGCAGCUCGACGCCGGCGACGUCGUCUUCUUCCAACGCCACCGCUCGGCGGGCGGCGACGCGACGGCGGUUUCG